AUGAAGAGGGUGAAUUGGAUGGCCAGGGAUGAGCAUCAGUGCAUCCCAAACUACAAGGUCUUGCAGCAAGCUUUCAGCAAGGUCGGCAUCCAGCGACACAUAGAGGUCGACAAGUUGGUACGUGGCAAGUAUCAGGACAACUUGGAGAUGCUUCAAUGGAUUAAAAACUACUUCGAACGCACCUUCCAAGGUACGAGUUACGAUGCGGCAGCGCGCCGCUUCACCGACAACCUGCCGGACUGGGCGAGGCCGUCAGAGGCCUCCAACCAGCCGCUUCGGCGGCCGCUGAGCAACGUGAACGCGCUGGCCUCCAAGGUGCCGAAGCACGGUCGCCCUGGGGGGGGUGAUGGAUACCAGCGCAGCAGUCAAGCUCCCAACUUUGCUCUGCUCCAGGAGGAGCAUGAACGCAUCCGUGAAGAAGUGAUCGACUUGAAGAUUACAGUCGAUGGCUUGGAGACCGAGCGGGACUUCUACUUCCAAAAGCUCAGAGACAUUGAAAUCAUGUGUCAAGCUUGGGAAGAGAAUCCCGAUAUGAACAUGACUGUCAACAAGUUUGUGGAAGAAGUGCAAAAUAUCCUCUAUGCCAAGGAUGAUGAGAUUGCAGCCAGCGGCGACGCUGAGGCAGACGCUAGCCAGUAG